AUGGUCCGCCCUCGCCAGCCUGUGGCCAAGGGUCACGAGGAGGAACACGAGCAACUGGCACAUAGGGAAGCCCCCGAGUUCGAAUAUGUCUACUGGACCAAGGAGCCGCAUCUGCGGAAACUGUACGCGUGGGCAUGCGUGUUGAUGAUAGCUUCGGCGACGACGGGAUACGAUGGAAUGUUGGUCAACACAUCACAGCAGAUUGAUAGGUGGAAAGAGUACUUCCCCAGGACUCAGAAAGGGCUUGAAAGUUCGCAAGAGGUGGCGGAUAGUUGGUUGGGGCUCCUCGUGAAUAUGUUCAACAUUGGAAGCAUUAUUAGCUUCUUCCUCACGCCGUAUAUCGCCGACAACUGGGGUCGCAAAUCAUCCAUAGCUAUUGGCUGUGUGUUUAUGAUCAUAGGGGGUUGCAUAUCCGCAUUCUGUAAUGGUUACCCCAUGUUUGUAGCUGGCCGUCUGAUUCUCGGCUUCGGCAACAGUUUAUCGCAGAUGGCUUCACCUCUGUUACUUACGGAGAUCUGCCACCCGCAGCACCGUGGCCCAGUUACUGCCGUCUACAACUGCUUAUGGAACCUGGGCGCAUUAUUAGUCGCUUGGAUCGGUUGGGGCACGGCGCAAAUCCAGAGCGAUUGGAGCUGGCGCUCAAUAACGCUAUUGCAAAUCCUGCCUUCGCUGAUCCAGAUUACCUUUAUAUACUGGAUCCCCGAGUCUCCCCGCUAUCUCAUCGCCAAGGAUCGCCACGAUGAAGCGCUCGAUAUUCUAGCGAAGUACCAUGCCGGUGGAGACAAGAACGACGUGCUCGUUCAAUUCGAGUUUCGCGAGAUCAAAGAGACAAUGCGGCUAGAGAAACAGUUCGCCCAUAGCGCUGGCUACCUCGACUUCCUUCGCACGAAGGGAAACCUCUGGCGCUUGGCUAUCCUGAUUUCGCUUGGAAUCAUCUCCCAGUAUAGCGGCAAUGCGCUCUUCUCGAAUUAUAUGGACACAGUCUACGAAGGCGCUGGAAUCAAAGACCAGGACCAAAAGCUUGCUUUGAGCGGCGGUAAAACGAUUCUGGAUCUAAUUGUAACGAUCCUCGCCGCCUUGAAUGUCGAUAGGUUCGGUCGACGACCCCUAUUCCUGAUAUCUACCUCGGGUAUGGUGGUGUCAUUCGUGAGCUGGACUAUUUGCGGGGCGAUAUACGAGAACUCAGCCCAAAUGAACGUUUCGUCUGGGUAUGCCCAGCUAGUCUUCAUCUGGCUAUUUGGUAUAUUUUACGAUAUCGGCUUCUCAGGUCUUUUGAUCGCCUACGCCCUCGAGGUUCUUCCGUUUAGGCUACGCGCCAAAGGCAUGAUGAUCAUGAACGUUACUGUGCAAGCCAUACUCGCAUUAAGCAACCAGACCAACAGGAUUGCCUGGAAUAGGAUGCCAAAGCAUUGGAACUUGAUGCUCUUUUAUACUAUAUGGGAUUUCUGCGAACUAGCAUUUGUGUACUUCUUCUAUGUUGAAACAAAGGGCCCUACCUUAGAAGAGAUUGCGUGGAUCUUCGACGGCGCCGACGCUGUUGCGAAUAUCGAUAUAAGACAGGUCGAGAAGGAAAUGUACGAGAUGGACCGCGAUCACAGCAUGGACUCCAGAGCACUCUCCUCUAGAGCGUUAUCCUCUAGGGGGAAGAGAGCCGUCUAA